UGUUUUGUUGACUCAGAAAAUAGCCGGCAAAGCCGUCUCUUAUAUGAUAAUGAUAUAAAUCAAUAUUUAUGUUUUCCAUACGCGUUGAACAAUCCCACCCAUGAACAACCAGCGUCUGCUUCUGCUGCUCUUUCUCGGUGAUUAAGCCUCCCUCAAUUCUUGUUGAUUCCUUGUCUGGUUCUCUGUUUUCAAGGUAUUCUGUAAUUAUUCUUCUCAGUUUGCUCAUAAAGUUUUCACAGCACUAAGCUACUGUUCAUCCUUUUCUGGGUUUAUUCAUUAGAAAAAAGAUUAUUUCUUUGGUGACUUGGGUAUUGGGUAGCCGUGAAUUUGGAUUGCUAUACUUAAUUUUACUGGCUGAUCAUUGGUCCUUUGGUGAAAUCGGAUGUUUAUCUGAAGAAUUUGGGUAUUGGAUGAAGAAUGAGCUUGGGGAUGUUUGAUAUAUAGUUGAGGUAGAUUCUUUUUUAUACUUGGAUAAAGGAGGAAGUGUUGAGAAGGUUUGAUUGGUUUUGGUUGUGAUUUUUGCUUGUGAAGGAGGGUUUUCCCGGAGGGGAUAGUUAGUGUUUAUACUGCAAAAUGGGUUUAAUAUGUGGCAAGCCUUCUGCCGUUGAAGAUAGCCGGGAAAGCCCACCAAAACGAUCAUCUUUGACUUCAAGUAAGAGACUCUCAGACAUCAAGAUUCCACGGUUGAAUUCUUCAAAGAGAGAGGUUGUUCGUAGUAAAGAUAGAUUGGAUGGUAGUGGUGGUGGUGCCUCUGUGAAAGUUAUGUUGAUUGAUAAGGCAAUCAACGGUUCUGUGCGAUUAUAUGAUGACCAAAAUAAGAGUAAGGUUAUAGAAAAUGCUGGGGUUACUGUUGUUGAUCAUCUGGGUUCAAGAAGAAUUCCAAGGGUUGCUGUGGCUGAGCAGGUGGCGGCUGGGUGGCCUGGUUGGCUCUCUGCAGCUGCAGCUGAAGCUAUCAAUGGCUGGAUACCUCGUCGAGCUGAUACUUUCCAGAAGUUGAAUAAAAUUGGGCAAGGAACUUAUAGUAGCGUUUACAAGGCCCGUGAUGUCCUGAAUGAUAAAUUUGUUGCUUUGAAAAAAGUAAGAUUUGAUAAUCUUGAUCCCGAAAGCGUCAAGUUUAUGGCAAGGGAAAUCCUUUUCUUGCGUAGGCUUAAUCAUCCUAAUGUAAUCAAAUUGGAAGGAUUGAUUACAUCACGGACGUCAAGCAGCUUAUACCUUGUAUUUGAGUAUAUGGAACAUGAUCUGACAGGACUUGCUUCACGCCCGGGGAUUAAUUUUUCUGAACCUCAGCUUAAGUGCUACAUGCAGCAACUUCUAAGUGGACUGAAUCACUGUCAUAGUCAUGGUGUUUUGCAUCGUGACAUAAAGGGGUCAAAUCUUCUUAUUGACAACAAUGGAAUCUUGAAAAUUGCGGACUUUGGCUUGGCCAGCUUUUAUGAUCCACAUCACAGUGUUCCACUGACAAGUCGUGUUGUCACUCUCUGGUAUCGACCUCCAGAGCUCUUACUUGGAGCCUCUAAAUAUGGGGUUGCAGUGGAUCUGUGGAGCACUGGUUGCAUUCUAGGAGAAUUAUAUUCUGGAAAACCUAUCCUUCCGGGAAAAACAGAGGUUGAACAAUUGCAUAAAAUUUUUAAGCUCUGUGGCUCGCCAUCUGAUGAUUAUUGGCGUAAAUUACACUUACGACAUUCAACAGUUAUUAAACCCCCACAACCUUAUAGAAGAUGUGUUGCAGAGACUUUUAAGGAUCUUCCUGCUGCUGCUCUGCAGCUUAUGGAAAGUUUACUAUCUGUGGAUCCCUCUGAUCGAGGAACUGCUGCUAUUGCUCUCAAUAGUGAGUACUUUACCAGCAAACCUCUCGCAUGUGAACCUUCAAGUAUGCCCAAGUACCCCCCAUGCAAGGAGAUUGAUGCAAAAUUGAGAGAAGAUGAAGCUCGAAGGCAAGGGGCAAUCAGAGGAAGGGCUCAGAAAGUAGACCUUGCAAGCAGAGGACAACCCUCUUCUGCAGCAAAUGCUAAUACUGAGUCAAAUACGUCGGCACAGAUAAGACAAGGAUAUUCCAAUCCAAAUAUCCGAAGCGAAAUGUUCAAUCCUCAUAGGGAGGAAGCUACUUCUAGUUUCAUUAUUGAUCCAACCAAACAGUUGCGAACGAGUAAAGAUACUAAAAAGGAUUUCUCAGAGCACCAUAAUAAGAGAACUUCAGUAUCUGGACCACUCAUCCAUGCACCUGCAUGGGCUAAAUCUGGGAAGGAACUUGGUGGUUCAAAUAAAACCAACUUGUCAAAGUUAUCUGGUUUAGUAUUGGCUAGGACUACAGCUCCCUCUGAAGAUCAAAAAGAGAAACCAGGUAGUUCAGGGCCUGAAACAACUAGACCAGUAGGCAGAUUCCAAGGGUCAUUUGAUGGAGAGGAUUUCACCAAAAAGCAGGAUCAGAUGCGUCGCACGCAAAGAAUCCCCAGUAGUCAUCAGAUAGAAGAUGAGAAAGCGAAUGUGAAUGGCCAUGGUCCCAAGGGAAACAAAAUUUACGUCUCUGGGCCAUUACUUGUUUCAUCAAACAAUGUUGAUCAGAUGCUGAAAGAGCAUGAUCGUCGGAUCCAAGAAUAUGCCCGACGAGCACGACUUGACAAGAGUAGACCUGGGAAGCAAGGGAUGGGGAAUUCAUCUUCAUCUUCAAGGCAUUGAGCAGCUCAUAACCAAGUAACAUUUCUAUUCAUUGUCCUCAUCAAGCGUGGAGCAUGGAGCAUCAAGCUCCCUGGGAUCCUUUGACCUUGUAACACACAUACACACACCGAGCAGAGAGAGAGCUAAGCUCCCCUCUGAUAUAGUAUUGCCUGUAUAGAAAAGAGUACUGCUUCACCACAUAGUACUUGGUAAGUAUUUGGCUAUUUGUUGCUGUUGUACCCUGUCGCAUGCUUGCCUGCUUUACCCUUGUUAGAAAGGAAAAUGAGCGUUCAUAACCCAAA